UCCUCAACGAAGGAGGUGGGUCUUUGAGUGUCACCUAAUAUUUCCACUAUAGUAGAUAUUACAGCCAUAGCUGUAAACUACAUCGUAAAAUAACUUAUUGGUCUUAAUAUAAAGUUAGCAGUGUGGUUAAGGUUACGGUUAGGCUUAAAAUCAUAUUUUAAGAAGAGAAAUUGUAGAAAUAGGCGGGGUUUAUGACUUUGUGGCUGUGUUGUAACUAGUGACGACCCUUACCUAACCGAACGAAAAUAACAAACAUUCGAAGUGAACGACAGAGAACGCCGCAGUGUACCGGGCCUGUGCUGCGUGAGCCACUGGCACUGCCUCCUCAUCCACCAGGCCUGGCCGGUGCCAGAGAGGGAGAGAGACAGCACCUCCUCACAACACUACAGCCCAGAGGUGUCUGUCUGUGGUCCACACCAACUUUACCCCUAGAGGAGUCAUAUUUACAGUUGGGUCCAUGGAGUCCUCUGAUGAAGAGGAGGGGCGCACCUUUGUCCAGGUGGUCAGUGAGAAGUACAACCCAGAGAAUUUCCCAUACUGUCGUGGGAACGGCAUGGGUGUUGUGGUAGUGUCUCGUCCACAGGGGUCGCCCAUCAAAGAUCGUCUGAACCUGCCCAGUGUGCUGGUCCUGGACGGCUGUGGCAUUAGUAAAGCUGGGGACAAGGCUGAGGUGGCCACCUUUUGUGCCCAUGUGGUGGAGCUGGACCUGUCCCACAACCAGCUGCAAGACUGGGGGGAGAUCUGCACGAUUGUGUCUAACAUCCCCAACCUGGACUUCCUUAACCUGAGUAUGAACCCUCUGAGUGGAAUUGAACUGGAGCCAGGCCUGGCUGAGGUGUUCUCCCGAGUCCGCCGCCUGGUCCUCAUCAACACGCGUGUCACCUGGGACACGGUACACACACUCACACGCCAGACCCCUGAACUGGAGGAGCUCUUCCUUUGUCUGAAUGAUUAUGACCAGGUUGCUGAGUCCCCGGUCCCCUGCCCCUCCCUGCGCCUGCUCCAGAUCACAGACAACCAGCUACAGGAGUGGAGUGAGGUCCGUAAAUUUGGGCCGAUGUACCCGUGCCUGGACACCCUGGUGUUGUCCAACAACAGACUCAGCUCUGUGGAGGAGGACACACCCCAGGACACACUGCAGCACCUGUUUCCUAACCUGCGCAGCAUCAACCUCAACAACUCAGGACUUAACCGAUGGGAGGACAUAGAGAGGCUGAAUUUCUUCCCUAAACUGGAGGAGGCGAGGCUGAUGGGGAUUCCCUUACUGCAGCCUUACACCAACAAAGAGAGACGCAGCCUCACCGUGGCACAGUUGCCAUCUGUGACUGUGUUGAAUGGGAGUGUGGUGACGGAAGGAGAGAGGGAAGACGCUGAGAGGUUCUUCAUCAGACAUUACCUGGACUGUUCUGAAGAGACGCUGCCUCAGAGGUACCACGUCCUGGUGUCCAAGUACGGGCAGCUUGCCCCGUUGGCAGAGGUGGACCUGCGUCCGCCCUGCACGGCCACCCUGGAGGUGCGCUGGGGCGAGCGGACGGAGGCGCUGAGCCUGCGGCUGGAGCAGACCGUUGGGGAGCUCAAGAAGGAGCUCAGGGCGCUGGUGGGGCUGCCAGCCAACGGCAUGCGACUGUACUACAUCGCCCGCGAGCUGGGCUCCGCGCUGGGACCUGAAGAGAUGAAGUACAGCAGCCGGGCACUCCACUCGUACAUGAUCCAAGACGGGGAUGAGAUCCUGGUGGUGCCCAAAACCAAGAGCCGCACCAUCUCAUCCACCUCCUCGGACUCCUAAGAAGUGGUGUGUGUGUGUGGAGGACUCGGGGCUUAAUUACAGACUGACCAGCUUCUGGCCAACAACUUUCUAUGCAGUCUCUUUUUUUAUUUUUUAUUGUUUUAUUCUGUUUCCUAAAUUACGUUGAUUGUAAAGAUGUUUAUUAGCAAAGCCUCUUACUGUACACACACACACGACUCACACAUGUAUGCUACAAGCACACUAUCACACUGAGGGCUCAAUUUAUGGCUAGGUGCGAAGCACCGCACUGCGAUUUGCCAUUGCGUUUGGUCUGUCAAAAGAGAGCACAGAAGAGUCUUAUCAGAAAUAUUUAUGGUUUUUAAGUAAUGUGAACCCAAUAGCAUAGUCCCCCGCUCUCCCACUCAGUCUUGAACCACGUGCUUCAUAUGUCCUGAGAUAACCUCUGAGUCAGAAUUAGAGGGUGGUGCACUGAGAGACGCUCCAUUGAGCUUUGAGGAUGAUAGAGCUUGUGACACAGAGACCACACGGAACAUCACUGACCUCAACUCACACAGGUGACCUGGCGGAAAGAGGAGGAGGGGAGGUGCACUGCACUCGGGUUGCUUCAGGUCGUCUUGCUGUCUGUUUCCUCAUGAAUGGAGCAGCUCUCUACCCCCUUGCUGAGGGGAGUGGGGAUGGGAUGUGAGUGGGUGUUGGAAGGAGAACCCCAGCCCAACCUCACUGGGUAACCACACACCGGCCGCUGUGUCACGGUCACUUCCUCUGUGCUUGGAUUUCAAUUGGUUCACCCAACAGGCUGUGGCCUUCCUCACCUCUCUCUAUCGCUCUCUCUCUCGUCCUCUCUCCCCGUCUCACACCUCCACUGGAACCAGUGUCCAUUGUUUUAGUCGACCCAGGGUCAAUGAUACACCCCCGGAAUUUGUGCUCUCCCAUUGGUGCAUGUUGUCCCAUAGGUGUCUUCAGAUUCAGAGACCUUCUCCAAUUGGCGGAUAGAUGUGAGAAAUGACCAAUGGGAAAUCACAUCUUGUUGUUCCCCAGUCCUAUAGAUAAUUUCACUCAGCGUUUGUUUGCAUCAGUUUGCAUCUACUCUUAUAGAUGGGAGAAAUCAGUAAACCAAGGUGAACCACAUACUGUUUUUUUUUUUACCAAUUACUCUACCAAUUACAUUUCCCUUUUUAAUCUAAAUUCCUCUGAUGUUUUUUACAUGACAUAUUAUGUGGAAAAACGUAAGAAAAGUAUGUUUGCAAAAGCUGAAUGUACGUGACUAUCUGUCACAGCUAGGCUUUGUUUAAAUAACUGGAUGACUUUUGUCCUUUGGGAAUUAUUUUAGGUGAAUCUCAGGUGCUUCUUGAUCCUUUAAUAUGUUGUGUUUGCAUGAUUGGUAAUGGUAAAGUGUGUAAUAUAUGGUAUGUGGGCUGGGACCAUGGAUUUUUUAAAAGUGGGCCAUUUAAUAUUUGGGAUUGCAUGGACUUAACAAAUUAGAGGAACCUACACUAAAAGUGUAUACUAUAGUACAUAUGUGUUUAUCUGAUGUUACAUGAAGUUAUUGGAGGAUGAUCAGAUCGAUAACUAUUGUUUAGUGAUUAAGAUUUUUUUCUGAACGCUUCAAUGCCUCCAGUACAUUUUUAAAAAAUGUUAUUUUGUCUUUGGCUAAAAUCAAAUUGAAUGCACACAAUUUAUGUACCAAUGUCUUCCUGCAGACUGUUAAAUCUGACUAUUUGUAGCACUGUAAUUUACUUCUCUCUACAACCUUUUACCAUCGCCUUGAUAUCUGUAAAUAAAUGUUUUAGAUACUUUUGGUUUUAUGAGAACGUUUUGCUUUAUUAUGGUGGUGUUUUGUGUUUUUCUCUUCUAUUGGCAAUGCUUUAUUUUACAGCCCUAUUUCAGAUCGUAUUUACCUACAACUUCUUGUAUAACGGAAUUACGGGAUAACAAUGGAUAUUUUCUGCAACUUAAUCUAUAUACUUCAAGGAAUUCAAUAUUGUUGGUAACAUCCACCAAAUUGUGGUAGUGGUCUUUGUAUCAAUGAAUGCCAAAGAAACCAGAAGGAAAUUGUUACAUAAUUGUUUGUUUUAUAUAAUUUCUAAGUAAAUAUUGGACUAAGGAAUAAAGCAUUGCAUUUGA